AUGUUUUGUUUCACGCUCCUCGCUGUACUUUGUUGUGGCAUCACCAUCCAUGCAGGGGCCAUUCAACCACGCUCUUCUUCCUACUCUGGCGAGUAUGGCGGGGGAGGCGGAAAACGCUUUUCACAUUCUGGAAACCAGCUGGACGGACCAAUAACUGCAAUCAGGAUUCGGGUUAACCGGUGGUACAUUGUGGGUCUCCAGGUCCGUUACGGCCGGGAAUGGAGUAACUAUGUUGGUGGCUCAUCUGGUGACCUGGAGGAAAUCUUCCUGCACCCAGGCGAAUCCAUCAUCCAGGCCUCUGGAAAAUACAAAUCCUACGUCCGCAAACUUGUGUUUGUCACUGACAAGGGGCGCUACUUCCCUUAUGGGGUGGACACAGGCAUCAGCUUCAACGCAGCUCCGCUCUACCCAAACACCGUCCUGCGUUACUUCAGUGGUAGCUCUGGUUCUGUCAUUGAUGCAAUAGGUUUCCACUGGGACUACUAUCCUACCGAUUGCCCCAGUUGUGGAAAGUGA